AUGGAUUCCCCUGGCUCAUACCGGCGGAGUUCCCGGAUAUUGCCUGUAACCCCGGUUCAUGGAUUUGACACUGAACUGAUUUCUUUGGAAAAAAUCGUUCAACAGAGGCAAAGUAGUGAUCAGUUCAAGGCAGUUGCAAUCGUUGGGAAGCGUGGUGUUGGCAAAACAACUCUUUGCCAAGUACUUUUCAACAAGCCAGAGGUAAAAGCCGACUUCCUUCCCAGGAUUUGGGUUUGCAUGUCCUGGAAGCCCACUGAACCUGGAGACCGCAAGACAACAACUGUUAAGAGAAUGCUGACCUGUCUUGGAGUUGAUGACCAAAUCAUUCAAUCAAUUUCAGAUUCAGAACCUAAGGCUGAUCGCCUCAGAAGGCUACUCUAUGCCCUUCACUUGCAAUUGACUGGUAAGAAAUAUCUGAUUGUGCUUGAUGAUGCUAUUGAGGGUGAUGAUGCUAUUAAGGAGGGGGAUGAUGCUGAUAAAAAAAAGAAGAAGGCUGAUGCUUUUAAGGAGAGAAACAAGUGGCUCGCAGAUUUGGAUUCUCCAAUUACUGAAAAAGAGAAAUGGGGUGAAUGUCUUGCCUUUGGAUUGCCCAAAGGACAUGGGGGAACAGUCAUCGUUACGAGUAGGGAUGAAAAAUUAGCGAAGGUGAUGGUCGGAGAGAAAAACUUGCUUCAUCUUCUGCCACUUUUAGAUCCAAAGAGCUGCGCCUCAAUUUUCAAUGACCACAUAAAGGGCGAACAAAAGUUAAAAGAAGACCUAGAAAAGAAAGAAUUUCUGAAAAAGUGUGCUGGUCUUCCAAUAGCUGCGACGAUGAUGGGAAAGAUUAAAUCUGAUGAACUUGCAAAAGCUGCGGAGAAAGCUGCAAAUGAAGCUGCGGAGAAAGCUGCAAAGGAAGCUGCGGAGAAAGCUGCAAAGGAACCCGCAAAGACGAUGGAACAACUUCACACAGAAUCAAAACCCAUACAACCUGAUGAAGCCGCAAAAAGUUCCAAAGAUGAUAAGGAGAUUAAACCUGAAGAAGUUCCAGCAGGAGAAAAACACAUACAACAACAAGAGAAAGACGCAAGAAGUUCCAUUGGGUCCAAAGAUGAUGAGCAGAUUAUAUCAGAAGAACAUCCAGCAGAAUCAGAACCCAGACCUCAACAAGAGGGAGCCACACACAAUUAA